GGGAGGGGACGAGAGAGAGCGAGCGUGAGCUGAUCGCAGGCUGCAGACGAGAGGCAACGAGUGAGAACGGGAGAGCACCAGAGGAGCAACAACAUCUGAAAGUUUUAAACCUGUGAUCGCGGUAGGUGACGCGCAGCGAGACUGGAAGUUCCUCCAACAUGUGGAAGCGAAUAAAUUCCACAUCACGGACCGCUUCAGACUAAGACAGAUUUAGGAUUCGCUGCUGAGGGAGGGCGUUCUCUGUCACAUUCUUCUAUGGGAAGGGAAGAAAUUUAAAGAUGAGAUAGGAGACAUUAAAAGAGACCAAGCUGUCCCACCUUACAAGGUGUGCAAAGAGUGAAAUGCACGGGGUGUCAAGCGGCUCUCUUUUCCCAGCUCAGAAUACUGUUUUAGUGUUCAACAGCGUUAAGACGUAAAGGUUUGGGAAAAGACUUAAAGAGCUGAAAACACAAAAGGAGAAGGACAGCUAACAUUACCUUGGGAAACAGACCUAUUUCUUCUUUGAAGUGGAUGUCAAGAGUGUCAGCUGCCUGGGAAAGUGAGGACCCCUGCUCACUUGCGGAACAUCGCACUGUGGAGCUACUAAUCGUGUUGGGAUUAUUGCCAGCUUUGGAUUUUAUAAGAACAAAGAUCAUCUUCGUUUGGCUUUUACGGGAUGCAGGAUCUUGUGUGCCGCCCCUGAACUGUCUCACCCUACCCUGUGCCCUUGCCUGUGGGACCCAGUGACCAUGCUGACCGAGUCUCCCAGACCAGAAAGAUUAGAGCCCCGACCUACACUCAAGCCCGCUGUAUGCUCAGCAGCACCCUGUCUCAGCCAGCCAUGGCACAGCUCGAGGCUAACAGCUCACACGCAGGCAAAGUGUCUGAGCUUCAGCUGAAAUGGGCUGCCUUGCUCAUUGUCAUGGUCAUCAUCCCCACGAUCGGAGGAAACAUCCUGGUCAUUCUCGCUGUGUCGCUGGAGAAAAAGCUGCAGAAUGCUACCAACUACUUUCUAAUGUCACUUGCUGUAGCCGAUCUGCUGGUGGGACUCCUAGUGAUGCCCAUUGCAUUGGUCACUGUUCUCUACAACUCUGGAUGGCCUCUUCCUGAGUUUCUCUGCCCCAUCUGGCUCUUCCUUGAUGUGCUUUUUUCUACUGCAUCCAUCAUGCACCUUUGUGCCAUUUCACUGGAUCGCUACAUUGCCAUCAAGAAGCCGAUUCAACACAGCCAGUACAAAUCCAGAGCAAAAGCGCUGGUCAAGAUCGCACUGGUGUGGCUCAUAUCCAUUUGUAUUGCAAUUCCAAUUCCUAUUAGGGGCCUUAAGAACUACCACCUUCCCAACAACAUCACCUUCAACAGCAACCACACGUGCCUGCUGAAACCAACCACCUUCUGGGAUUUUAUCAUAUUUGGCUCUUUAUCAGCAUUCUUCAUCCCUUUGACUAUCAUGAUGGUCAUCUAUCUACUCACUGUCCAUGUGUUGCGCAAAAAGGUUUAUUUGCUCAGGUCAAAGGUCACUCAGCGUUUUAGCUCUCUGGCGGUGUCCACAGUUUUUCAAAGGGAGCAGUCUAUGGCUUCAACUGAAGCCGAGCAAAUGAAUGUGCUGGACAGCAGACUUCCCCGGAUGCAGGAAAAGCCAAAUGCAGGCACCACGAUCGCUCACACGCCAUACGAACAGUCCUUUCGCAGGAUGUCAACUAUGGGCAAGAAGUCCAUGCAGACUCUGAGCAACGAGCAGCGUGCAUCCAAGGUACUGGGCAUAGUCUUCCUCCUGUUUGUAGUCAUGUGGUGCCCUUUCUUUAUUACAAAUAUCACCUCAGUGCUAUGCAAAGGGUGUGAUCCCAACGUCAUUGCCCAGCUCAUGGAGAUCUUUGUUUGGGUGGGUUACGUGUCAUCAGGUAUUAACCCGCUGGUCUACACCCUAUUCAACAAAACUUUCAGGCAGGCGUUCACACGUUACAUCACCUGUAAUUACAGGAGCUGUGCCAGUAACCUGUCAGGAGGACAUCUGAGGCCAUCAACUGCAGAGUGGACUCUAACAAGGAUUUCAAUCAAAUCUUCCAUGGCAGAGAACUCUAAGCUAUUCAUGAAACGGGGAAUGAAGAACGGCAUUGGAGCUGUGGCCUACCAAAGUCCGCUGAGGUGUCGGCAACCACCUGUACAGUCAUCUAGUGGUGUUGUGCUAGACACAAUACUUCUGACUGAAAAUGAAGAUGAUAAGCAGGAGGAACAUGUUAGCUGUGUAUAGACUAUGGACACGCAAAGCAAAUGAAUAUAAAUCGGGGGUGGGGUGGGGGUGGGGGGGGUACUUAAAGUGGAUAAAAUUUAUGUUGCAAAUUUGAGUUCUUUCAAGACAAAGGCUUGUCACGAACAGAUGUUUCUGUCAAUUGGAUACAUUUAAUGGCAAGACAACAAACCCCAAACUGUUCAUAGUCUUUUGUAGCGCACACCUAGAGGGCAAAACACCAAAAUGCUGGCUAACUCAGAGCAUCAGAGCACCAGAGAACUCGUUUUUAAUAUGUUACAAGCUGCAAAUGUCCAGAUCAACUUUCAAAAACACUGAUAUUUAAAAUACUGCAUGUUUUUCCAUACUUGUAAAGUGUACAUUGCACAAGCUGCAGUCCAUUUGGCAAUAUUUGCAAUAUGUAACAAUAUCCCCCCAGUGCACUUACACUGCCACCAGCACAUACACAAAAAACCCCAAAACAAAAACAACAGUAGGUGCAGGUCUAUCUAUUUUUGAUUGAGAUGGGUCACUAAUGCCACGUUUGGAAGGUGAAACUCAUCUGUUAAGCUUAUAAUAAUGUAAUAUAAUUUAGCCUUUGGUGGGAUUUGGCUGCUGUUUUUGUACGGCAGCCUCAGGAGAGGUGUGUUAGCAUUUAGUGCCAUUAUCUUUACUUGCCCAGCAGCUGUAAACAACUGAGCGGCUUGUGAACAUUAGCUGGCAUUUUGGUUUAAUAACUCUGGUGAAAGUAAAGCACAUGAAGUCUAAGGAAGGCUUGUUUUGCCCUCCAGGGUUCAAGGUGGUGACCUCACUUAGAAACUAGUAAGUGAUCGCUAAUGUUUGUUUACAUCAGUUACACAAGGAUCUAUUUUCAACUAUGAACACUACAUCCACAAAGUUCAGGACAUCAUGAUGACCUGGAAACUCCCUGAAUGCAGCAUACAGUACAUUUCCUAUUCUGAUGCUUUCAACUUUUGCUGUCUAAAUAUGCUGUAAACCAUCUACAUGCUUAUAUUUUGUCAAGACAACACAGACAGACAUAAACGCCUUGCACUCUUGAAACGAUACUUAAUGUAUUUGCUGGACCUUUGAAAAGCACUCUUGUACGUGUAUCGCAGCCUGCUGUUUUGACAUGUUAAAAAGAUGUCCACUUAAAAAGAUUGUACAUAGAAAAUGUUCACUUUAAAUGGAAAUCUACAUGUGUUUAAUAAAAUAUUUCUUGUGUUCCUGAUAAAA